AUGGCCGUCAAAAAGGCAUGUGAGUCAUUCUCAAAGUCCUUGAUUGAGGAAGUGCAUAGAUGGGGUUGCUUGAAGCAGACAGGGGUGAGUCUGAGGUACAUGAUGGAAUUUGGGUCCAAACCCAUUGAUAAGAAUUUGCUGAUCUCUGCUCAGUUUCUUCACAAAGAGCUCGCCAUUAGAAUUGCCAGAAGAGCUAUUGAACUUGAGAAUCUUCCCUAUGGUUUAUCUGAAAAACCUGCUGUUUUGAAGGUUAGAGAUUGGUAUUUGGAUUCUUUCCGUGAUCUCAGAGCUUUCCCUGAUAUCAAGAAUAUGACCGAAGAAAGAGAGUUCACUGAAAUGAUCAAGGCCAUCAAAGUGAGACACAACAAUGUUGUACCCACAAUGGCCAUGGGUGUUCAGCAAUUGAAGAAAGGUAUGGAUCCAAAGAUUGUAUAUGAAGACCUUGUCGAGAUUCACCAGUUCCUCGAUCGCUUUUACAUGUCAAGAAUUGGAAUCCGCAUGCUUAUUGGGCAGCAUGUUGAGUUGCACAAUCCCAACCCUCCACCCUAUGUCGUGGGUUAUAUACAUACAAAAAUGUCGCCUGUGGAGGUGGCAAGGAAUGCCAGUGAGGAUGCUCGUGCAAUAUGUUGUCGUGAAUAUGGAAGUGCCCCUGAUGUCCAAAUUUAUGGAGAUCCUGAUUUUACUUUUCCGUAUGUUCCAGCUCACUUGCAUCUUAUGGUAUUUGAAUUGGUUAAGAACUCACUGCGUGCUGUCCAAGAGCGUUUUAUGGAUUCUGAUAAAGUUGCACCUCCCAUUAGAAUAAUAGUUGCUGAUGGAAUAGAGGAUGUUACCAUAAAGGUCUCAGAUGAGGGAGGUGGAAUUCCAAGAAAAGGUUUGUCUAAAAUUUUUACAUAUCUAUACAGUACAGCCAGAAACCCAUUGGAUGAACAUUCAGAUCUUGGAAUAGGUGAGAAUGUGACAAUGGCUGGAUAUGGAUAUGGACUUCCUAUUAGUCGCCUAUAUGCUCGGUAUUUUGGAGGUGAUCUUCAAAUAAUCUCCAUGGAAGGAUAUGGGACUGAUGCAUAUCUUCAUUUGUCUCGAUUGGGAGAUUCACAAGAACCUUUGCCUUGA